AUGUCAAACUUCCAGAAUAUCACAUCCUCUUCCGUUAUUUUCCUGCUAACUGGUGUUCCUGGGCUGGCCUUCCACACCUGGAUCUCCAUUCCCUUAUGUUUUCUCUAUGUAACAGCUCUCUCAGGAAACAGCCUGAUUCCAUUUGCCAUUGUUACUCAGCCUAGCCUUCACAAGCCCAUGUAUUAUUUCCUCUCCAUGUUGUCCACCGCUGACCUUGGCUUGUCUGUAUACACUCUGGUCACCAUGUUAGAUAUAUUCUGGUUCAAUGCCAGGUAGAUCAGCUUAACUGCCUGCUUGUCACAGAUGUUCUUUGUUAAACUCUUCACUGUCAUGGAAUUGUCAGUGCUGUUGGCCAUGGCUUUUGAUCGUUUUGUCGCCAUCUCUAAUCCCAUCAGGUAUGCCACCAUUUUAACUGACUCCAUAGUAAUUCAAAUUGGAGUGGCAAUUGUCAUCAGGGGGACACUAAUGCUGACACCAAUGGUAGCAAUUCUUAUGAGACUGUCCUUCUGCUGCAGCCACGUGCUCCACUACUCUUACUGCUUCCACCCUCAUGUGAUGAAGCUCUCAUGCACAGAUACCAGGAUCAACAAUGCCGUUGGGCUGACUGCCAUGACCUCUACUGUUGGUGUGGACUCAAUUCUCACCCCCCUUUCUUAUAUUUUGAUCAUGAAGACUAUCCUCAGCAUCACAUCCCCAGAAGAGAGGAAGAAAGCCUUCAGCACCUGUAUCUCCAAUAUUGGGGCUAUUGCUAUCUUCUAUAUUCCAUUGAUCAGUCUCUCCUUUGUUCACAGAUUUGGGAAACAAGCCCCAGCCUAUGUACAUACUAUGAUUGCUAACACCUACCUGCUGACCCCCCCGGUCAUGAACCCCAUCAUCUAUAGUGUGAAGACCAAACAGAUACGCAGAGCUGUGAUAAAAAUUCUCCAUUCCAAAGGCACACAGAAUCAUAGAAUUCUAGAGACACUGAGAAAAGGGAAGCCCAGUAUGCAGACAGUGAAGGUAUGGGCCAGGAUGAGGAGUCCGGGGAACUUGGUGCCUCUGCUCAUCAAACGGCUAGCCUUUUGUCACUCCAGAUUGCUCUCACAGUCCUACUGUGUGCACCAGGAUGUAAUGAAGUUGGCCUAUGCAGACACAUUGCCCAAUGUGGCCUCUGGUCUUACUGCCCUUCUGGUGGUCAUGGGCGUGGAUGCCCUGUUCAUCUCUUUGUCCUAUUUUCUGAUUCUACAAACAGUUCUGCAGCUGCCUGCCAAGUCAGAACGGGCCAAGGCCUUUGGAACCUGUGUGUCACACACUGGUGUGGUACUGGCCUUCUAUGUGCCUCUCAUUGGCCUCUCAGUGGUGCACCGCUUUGGAAACAGCCUUGAUCCCACUGUGCAUGUUCUCAUGGGUGAUGUCUAUCUACUUCUGCCUCCAGUGAUCAAUCUCAACAUCUAUGGUGUCAAGACCAAACAGAUCAGAACUCGGGUGCUAGCUGUGUUUAAGAUCAGCUGUGACAAGGACUUUCAGGCUGUGGGAGGCAGGUGA